AUGACUAAGAUUCAUUACACAAGAAACCCCGAAAAUAGCACGAAGUCGUGCAAAGCCCGCGGAUCUGAUCUCCGUGUUCACUUCAAGAACACUCAUCAGGCUGCUAUGGCUCUCCGCCACAUGCCAUUGAGACGUGCUCAACGUUUCCUUGAGAACGUUAAGGAGAAGAAGGAAAUCGUACCUUUCUUCAAGUUCAACGGAGGUAUUGGACGUAAAGCUCAAGCCAAGAACUGGAACACCACCCAGGGACGUUGGCCAGUCAAGUCCGCCGAGUUCCUUCUCGACCUUUUGAAGAACGCUGAAAGCAACGCUGAGUACAAGGGACUCGAUGUUGAUCACCUCGUCAUCGAUCACAUCAAUGUUCAAAGAGCCGCCAAGAUGCGCAGAAGAACAUACCGUGCUCACGGAAGAAUCAAUCCAUACAUGUCUUCUCCCUGCCACAUCGAGGUUAUCCUCACUGAGAAGGAAGACGUUGUUUCCAAGCCAACCGAAGAUGCCCCAAAGGCUAAGAAGGAAUCCAAGAGGAAGCAAAGACGUCAACUGGCUCGCGGAGAGUAUUAA